AAAAAAAAAACUGGCUUAAAACAAGACUAUGUGUGCAAUGUGCCUGGCCAUGUACUCGCGAGGCAAGUGAAGGAUGGAGAGAUCUUUGUCCCGAUGGUAGUUGGCGGCCGUAUUUCUAAGCUGGUCCUACUCUAUUUGUUCACUUCACUUCUCUCAGUGCCUUUCUUUUGCGAUGACGGGACGAUCGAAGUGUUAUAAUCGGCGGUCGGGGGAAAAACUACCGACACAUUCUCGUAUUCGACAAAGUAUGUCUGGUUAAGAGGAUUGAGCUUUACUUCCCUCUUCCCUCUUCACUUCUUCUUCACUCUUCUUCCCUCCUUCAAUCACACAAACACGGGCGAAUGCACACUUGCAAGCAUAUAGUUACACAAGAUUUUAUUUAAUGUGCGAGAAAAAGCUGUCAAUAUAUUUAAUCAGCAAAUGAGUAUUUGACUAAGAAAAUGACAUUUAAAGAAGAAAACUGAGGAAAGAAUCAAAUGAACGUAUUUCAGACAAAAGAGAGGCCAUCGGAGUAAAAAAAAAACAACAACAACAAAAAAUCAGUGUUUUAGCCGAGGUUGAGUGCUGGUAUCAUCACAUGAUUGGAAGGUCUCCAUUCUGUCUCUAGAGAGGAAGGGAAUUAAAGCAAUAUCGGAAACAAUCAGGCAGCUUGGCUACAAUACUUGGAAAUGACUGAGACCUUUGGGAAAAAGGUUGAUGCUACAGAGAUUUGAAGUGGUUAUCCUCCUUCUUAUGUGUAUUUAGUGUUUUUUUCGUGUAGUUCUGUUCUCAAAAUGAAUUGCACAAAAUAUCGGCACAUGUCCACUCUCUCUCAUUCACACUCUCUUUCUCGAAAGCCCGCACAAGCACGCCCGCGCGCACGCACUCAGAGUAGAGGAAACGAUGGAAUCAUAUGGUACCAACGGCCUCUCAGGAAGUUUUUAUUUUAUCAGAACAGGAAUAAGGAUUCAGAUGUCACACUUGUAAAGCAAAUUGCAAUGUGCAACUCCUGAUAUGCCUUAGUAGGAAAUGACCCACCACAAAGCCCCGAUCCCUUUUGCAAUAUACACAACUUUAUUUCAGUAUCGAAUGUUGAGAACAGCAUACAAAUGUAGGAAUUUAAAAAUCUGAGACCUUGUUCGAAAAGAGCUGAUAAAUUUCUAUACACAUUGAAAUAGAAAUAAAGCAAUUAGAAACAGUAUCUUAAACCUAGAAACACGAUUUAAUAUUCAGGCAAUAUUUAUCUGAGUAGGAUGUGCGUCUCAAAAUUUUAAUUUAACUGUCUUGACCAUUAGAGCAGAUUGCAUCUCUGUCUGGACAUCACUGGACAAUCAGCGACAUGGUUGAGAGUCGCAGCCAAUGCGAGAACAUCAGAGCAUCUGAGGGGUGGGCAAGCAAGGACAACAACUCUGAACGGUUUUUCGCAAAUGUUUUGGGGAAUUAAAAUCUUUUCCUCAACGAAACUCUUUUAUUGAAAUAAUUUUGCUCUUGGAUGAACAAUUUUUGCUCGUUAGCUAGCGACAGCACAAUCCUUUAAAAACUUUGCUUCAAGCACCAUGGUAAACAAACUAGCUGAUGAUCGUCUGAGAGACUACAAAGCUGUCCAGUCGGGAUGACUUGCGGACCAUUCAAAAAGCCACGCCCUUAAAGUUUAACACUGAAAGUUCUUUGUUAAGUUGAGAAUCCAAGCGACCAGGAAGCAUAAACAUACAUGGCAUCAUGUAGAUAAAUCUUCGCUGGAACUACGGCCUGUUUGUGAUGGAACAGGGACCAGUCCAGUGCUUUUCUCUUCUGGUCGUCUGUCACACACCUCACUGCCCAUCUCUCGUCCUCAGGCUUCCAAACAGGCUUGUUGACAGAGAAUGAUUCGGAAGAGUGCAGGCAUAUCCCGGAAAUACAUUUUGUUGUGUUUGUUGUUGCUGUUGUUUACUCCAAGCUGCUCCUGUUCCCGCCACGCCACUAUUCCAUAAACUUUGAUGUGUUCAUCCUGUCGGGUUAAACUUUGUUGCAGGGACGAGGAUCGAUGGUAUUUCUUUUGUGCCAUAGUCUCAGUCUCUUUAAGCUCCAUCAGAAGACGCACAUAUUCAAGACAAGAUGCUGCCAUUACUAUUACUACUACAACUACUUUAAUAAUAAUCAUCAUCAUCAUCAAUCAUCAAUCAUCAUCAUCAUCAUCAUCAAUCAUCAAUCAUCAUCAUCAUCAUCAUCUCAGUUGAUGCACCGGGAUCAACAUAUUUGUAUGCAUAUUUAUUUCUCCAUAGUGGCGAAAUGAGAUGGGCUUUGAAAUAAUCAGCAAUGUCCACAGGACUCUACUCAGCUUUUAUUGUUAUCACUCUGACUGUCGUAGGAUGGUGUACAGCGCAGGAGGAAGUUACAGGCACCGUGACUACGGAUAAAAUGCUGUACUACGUGGGUGAAAACCUGGAAGUCCACUGCUACCUGAACCGGCCGGUGGCUAGCGACGCCUACUUUGAAUAUAACUCUACCACCAUGUCACGUCAUUACGUCACGGUUGUCAACGAGACUUACCUUCGGCUGGACAAACAGGUGGCCGACACUGACAUCCCCGAGACACAAUGCGCUUGUUUCGUUGGGGAGGAUAUGGUGGGAGACCCGUUGGAUAUAUUAAGUGAAUAUCGCCCACGGGGUGUGACGAACCUACAUUAUGAAUAUUGCAAUGAAAACGAUGUAUGUGCCUCUUGGAGUCUUGGCGUAAAGUACAGACUGGGGAUAGAGAGUGAGCGUCGGGAAGGGUCCAACACUGUGAUAGCAGCGGAAUACACUAAUGACAGCGAGCAUGGACCAUGGAUGAAAUGUGACUUAUGGCAGAACUUCACAGGCUGUGUAGCGAGAAACCUGAAUGGAUGGACGCUGCUGUCAUUGCGUGUAACCAUCACUAACGUACGUCGGAAUGACACAGAGUUCGAACUGUUUGAUCGCCUCGCACUUGUUUCUGACGAGAAAAUGACAAGAGUGACAGCAGGCAAGCCUCUCUACUAUGUUGGUGAAAACAUGACAGUCCACUGCUUCCUGGAGCGGACAGGCGCCAGCGACGCCAGCUUCUCGUAUGGGUCGGACACCGUGUCACGUGGUUACGUCACGGUUGUCAACGACACUUACCUUCGGCUGGACAGACAAGUGACUGCAAUGGACCCCUUCGAGGCAUCAUGCUAUUGUGUCGAUGGCAAUAACAAUACUGUUGGGUCAGCUUAUAUUCUGACCGAAUAUCGUCCACAGAAUGUGACAGAUCUGAAGUUUGAAUAUUAUGAUAAAGACAUUUUUCAUGCCUCUUGGAGCAUUGGAGUAAAUUACAAGUCUGGAACUCCAACCCUAAAUACAUCCAUCACUGUCAUAAAAGCAGAAUAUACUAAAAACAUCACUCAUGGACCAUGGAACGAUUGCAAAUUAUUUAAGGACAGCUCAGGCUGUACAACGGGAGGAAAAGGUGGAUGGCCACGCCUGUCUUUACGUGUAACCAUUGCCAAUAUCAAGCGGAAUGACAGUGCCAUUGCACUGUUUUAUAACCUCGCCCUUGAUAAUUAUGUUAAACCAGCCCCUGUGAACAUUCGUCGGACUGAGAUAUUAAAUAGCACUUGUGCAAAGGUGGUUUGGUGGAGUGAUCGAUUUUACCCUUUGUAUCGCAUUUCUUGGGAUGUCACAACUCUCAAUACUUCAGAGGAACAGAUCACCAUUUGCUCUCUGCACCCAUUCCACAACUACACUGUCAGUGUGCAGGCUUUACCUCGUUCUGGUUUCCCAGGAGUACUGCAGACUGUGACCCUUCAUAUGCCAGAGGAUGCACCAAGUACAGGUCCAAAACUGACUGAGGGUGGAUAUUAUAGAAAACAAUGUUCAGCAGGACAAAAUUCAUCAUCACAUAUUUACAUUUAUUUUAAGCCUGUGCCCCCAGAAGAUAGAAACAGCGCAACACUUAACUACACAGCCAAACUGUAUAUGGAUGGUCAGGAGACACAGGAACUUCACUUGAAAGAUCCAGAAAGUAACCUGCUGACUGUGUCUGUACCCUGUGGGCAGGGAUUUUUUGUAACAAUGUAUGCAGCCAACAGAGUUGGUGUCUCACCUCAGACAUCUCUUACAGUACCUGCAGACGACAAAGUUUCAGGUCUUCUCAAGGAAAUAGAGGAUUUAGAUCUUCACGUCGAAGAAUUUAGAGAACAAGACAUGAAGAAAACAGCACGAUGGACUUGGAGAUCACAUGAUACAGUUCUCAAGCAACUACGAUUCUAUUACUGUGAUGCAAAGACAUGCACAGCUGAAGCUUGCACACAAUGGACCUUGCUGGAGAACAUUGAUGUCAAUAUUGAGAACCAGAACUAUACCUUCAAUGCUGGCAAAGCUGACAAAUUUGGAUUUGCUGCAGCCACAUUUCAUGGUAGUUGGACAGGCAUUGUUUUUACCAAAUGCACAUAUUCUACAGAUUACAGCCAGGGAUCAUCUGUAAAUCUGAAUCUGAAGGCACCCACAUUGACAUCAGAGGAAGGACAUAUACGUGUAAGCUGGCAUCACUCAAGAUGUGAUUCAGGAAGUAGGCUUCUGAUACACCGUUGGAUAGUUAAAUGGUGCUUAUUGGAAACCUGUAGAGAAGACGAAGUUUACACCAGGAGUUCCUCAGUAGAACAUAUAUUAAGAGAUGUUCACAUUAAUGUCAAGUACAACAUAAGCAUAGCUGCUGUCACAUCUCAUGGAAACUCCAGCUACAGUGACUCAUCAUUUGUUGAAGUGAAACCAUCAGGAGAGACAGGCCUUAAAGUGGAAUAUAUUGCAGGGAUAUCAGUAGCAAUACUCAUGGUGAUUCUUGCAAUGGUUUUAUGGUUUUGCAGGAUUAAAUGGAAAGAGGCCAAGAUGAAGUUUUCAAAAACUAUUGUGUUUCCCAUUCCAAACAGGACUUGGAAAAAUGCAAGUGAUAUUAUACAUCAGCCAAGGAAUUCAGCAAUACAAAAGGGUUAUGAACACGAAACAAACUGUGAGGACAAGAUACACAGAGAAAAUAAAAAACAGAAACAAGAUGACUGUGAAAGUGGAUAUGGUGGAUCUGAAAAACCACCAUAUAAGCACUGCCUGGAUGUACCAAAGAUGCAAAAACAAAGGUCACUGUAUGUGAUAUCUGUACUCGAGGACCAGCAGGGUGGAGAGAGCAGCAGUGAAGAUAACCAAGGUUGUAAGACACAUAAUGUCAUGGACUUGACUAACUUGUCAACAAAUAAAACCUCACUUUUGUUUCCACCAGUUUGCUCCCAUGAGCUCCUGAAUAUUUUGGAACAAAAUAAAAAGUUAGGGGUUGAAGAAAAACAGGGGAUGGCUGCUGGUAAAGAAAUCUCUGAAACAAGUAAAUUUACUUGUAAUUCCCUGGAGUUGCUUUGUAAUACUGCAAGUGCUCCCAUGCAUCCUGAGUAUAUCUUAUGUAGGCCAAAGUUGGAUUCUUUGGAACCACUAGUUGAGUCCACCAUUGAGCUACUUGGCAUUUGCAGGUCUGGUGAAGCUCAGCAAAAUCUUUCCUCAUCCGUAGAAAUAUCAGCAGCUUGUGAUCCACCAAAAAACAACAAAACGAGUUAUGAAAGCUGCACAGAAGACAAAGUGAGCACGCUAAUGAAUGGUGUCUGUCAACCCACAAUGAGCAGUUGCAAGCAAGCAUCAGGUUCAGACAUAAAUGAAAUAAUUGUGUGCAACAGGAGUCAGAAAACUCCCUCAGAAACUGAAAGCCAUAAAAAUCUGUUACCAUAUGUGCCCAUGAAUAACCUUUCUGAAAUGAUUGCUAGUCCAAAGGUAGUGCCAUUGUGUGGUGACAAGGACAACGAAGAAGAGAAGGAUGUCCUCAUACCUUGUGUGACAAGAAUGGAAAUAGACAGAAACAUGUUAAUUCCUGCUGUAAUGAAAAUGGGUGAUGGAAAAAGCCAGGCUGAGAAAACAAAUGCAAAGUGUUUGAUCCUAUCUGAGAAUGAAGGAGGUAGUGCAGUGAUGGAUUUGUAUGUGACUAUGGCUAGGAUAGAACACAUGAAAAAUCAUACAGAGGGGAUAAAUUUGCAUGAUCGACCCUAUGCAACUAAGAAUAUUGACAAUGGUGGAGUUGAGUUUAAAAAAGAGAAAGAAGAGGGAGAGUUGUUUAGAGCAGAAAAACUGAAUGUGGAUGAAGUGCAAUCAAGUGCAGCUGUGACUGACAUUUUUAAAGAUGGCUGCAAUUAUUGGAAUAGCUUGGAGGAGUCAGGAACAAAAAAUAAUGAACUCUUUAGUACAAAUGCAGAUGAAGACAUUACAAUUAAGGCUUUCCCAGAGGAAAGUUCAAAAGCAGAGGAAAAGUCUUUGAAGAAAGAUUUUAAAUGUGCUGCCCAUUCUUCAUUUCACACACAAGGUUAUAUUUCCAUAGAUACAGUUGUGCAUCCCAGGAACAUGGGAAAUUUACAAAUUUGUGGUUGAAAUCUUCUUGGCCACUUGAUCACAGCAGGCGAGCUGCUGGAUAAAAGGAUUUCAUAAUUCUCAUAUCCACACUGACUCUUUUUAAAAUGAAAAACUGCACUGGUGUCUCAUUUGUACAGUCUCACUUGGUUGCAAUAUUCCUCUUUGAUGAGCCACUCAUGCUGCAACUGACAACACUCCUGCACCCUCGUCAGCACCGUAACCUGUUCUGCUCAUCCCCACCCCUCAGAGAGAUAGAGAUCCCUGGAAGAGAUUGCCUUUACAGCAGGGCUGUCUGUCCUCCUGUCACUAGCAUCAUGGCUGGUGAGGUAUUGCCCCAUUGGUGCAGGCUUGUUUUCUCUACACCAAAAUCCUAAAAUAUUUAAUCGAUUAAGAAAAACUUUAAAAGAACUAAAUUGAACAACCUCAAAAUGCAAUGAUGUUUCCUUGCCUUGGCAAAGGAGUGAUAGAGGCUGAAUUAGAUACUGUGAUAACCUGCUGUCACUCAUCUAAAUCUGGGGUUUGGCAAGAGAGUGCUUCCACCUAGACUUGUUUUCACCCUUAGGGGAUCAUGAAGUGGGGGAGAAAAUCUCCAUGGUCAUCUGUGAUGUCACAUACAGAGAUAAGAUCUUAGAUAAGAUCUGAACCUAGGACCUUACAAUUCUCACUGGAGUGGUGAUGUGAGCAUUAUAACCACUAUACUAUAGGGUGCCCUGCACUGUUCAUAAUUACAUGUUGAUUCUUUUCUAAUUUUUCUUAUUGUUAGACCUUUUUGUCACAGUACAGAAGCUUCUGCUGUUUUAAAGGGCUGUUGCUACUGAAAUGGUAAUGUUAAUAAUAUUCUGAGCUUUAUAUAAACAUGUCAGAAAUAGCAUCUUUUCUUAACGAUAAAUUUCGAAGCAAUAUAACGUAUUACAUAAAUUUCAAGAAAGAAGAAAAUAGCUUUUUUUCCUGUCUCAUGAAAAACUUCUCUUGUGCUUUUGUUUUAUUUCAACUGUGUAAAAGUCUUUAAGUGUUUGAAGUUAAAAAAAAUUUUUUUUAUCUACACCAUUUCUUAUACACCUAGCUAAUACAGAUUCUUAGCAUAUGUAGCAGGAACACUUAUUUGGGGCAGCAUGUGCCGCUGACAGUACUUUGUUCCCUUCACCCUUCACCCCACCUCCCUAGACUUGACUGACCACGUGGUUUCUGCAUGAACGAAGUGAGUGAUCCUGGAAUGGGUGACGUAGCACCCAAGUUUUCAGGUUUAAAUAUUGGGCAAAAGGCAGUACCUGCACCCCACCCCGAUAGUGUAGUGGUUAAAACAUCUUGUAACCACUGUAGUGAGAAAUACAGGGUUCAGAUCUCGUUUCAGGACACUCUCGCUAAGCAGGGCUGGGUGCCCGAGGUUUUUUCUAGGAACUCCAGUUGUCCCCCUUCCCCCCCCCCCCCCCCCCAUAGUGUGAAAUCAGCUCUAGGUGCAAGCACUUUCCUAACUAAAUAAACCAGCAAAACAACCUGCCUGCCCCCAUACAAACAUCCCCCAAGAUCCCCAUCCACCACAGUGCGAAAAGGUUGAAACACUUUCCCUUCCAUAACAUCAAGUGCUUGCACCAGGAGCGGCCUUAGACAUGGAAACUGUGCACCUCCACAUGACUGCCAAAUCGAAGGGGCUGACACACCAAAAUAUAUUGAAUAUAAAACAAAAAGAGAAAAUAAUGACACAGAUGAUGGCAAUGUGGCAAAAAAACUUUGUUUCUCUGUUAAUUAGCCCGGUGUGUUUACUAAUGUUGCUACAGUGGGAGCAGUAAGCUAUAUGUAGUAUUGUAAUGUUCUUCAGUAAUGAGAAUAUCAUGGGUUGCCAUGUGGUUUUAUUGACAUUGGCGGGCGAAGGAGCCACUGAUUCUUUCUCUGUCCAUGGCCGCCACGAGCCGACAGCUUCCCCUGCCUGCACCCUUUGUGUCACAGUGUGAGGGGUUAUUCCUUCCCUUUUGAUUAUUUUGAGUACAGGAGAAAGUACCCUUGCACCAUGUAGGUGUUAUGGUCUGCUGACAAGUGGCUCACGUACCUAUAAAUCCCACUAUUUGAUUUUCCUUAUUUUGAGUGUGGGAGAAAGUACCACUGCACCUUGUAUAGGUAUCAUGGUCCGCUGUUAAUUAAGCGGCUCAUGUACUUUGAAAUCUCUGUUUUCUUCCCCCUUAUAGUUGUAAUUUAGUAACAUAAGUAGAACUAGGCAUAGAACUUGGUGAUAGGUAUUAGUGGUAUAGGAGUUAGAUACGGAUCAUACGGUUGAAUUGGUUUGCAAUUAUAAAGAAUGUAAAUAAAUCCAUUUUAAAUUUACUUUCCUUAAAUUAGUGUGUAUGAUUCAACACAGCACUGAUACACUUUUUUCCUUGUCAUGUGAAGGAAAUUAACUGUAUACUACUUGAGCUAAUGAAACUUGUGUCAUCUUGUGCAUGUUGGAAAAGAGAAGGUAGAAGCACGUUGUGGUGAGCAUACAUGACGAGUGAUGGUGAGAAGCUGACUGAUCCAAAGCUGAACAACGCACCAAGGAUAACACUGCUGCAGCUAAAAGCAGGGUAUUUUGUGGAAUCCAAAGGUUGCUAAGUGCGGGUGUGUGGUGGAUGAAAGGAGUGGGUGGAACACAAUGCGAGGUAUAUUAGACUAUAGACACCACACCCAACGAGUAAAGACCUUGGGAAGUUCCAUCCUCUUCCCUAGAACAACAAAGAUAAUAAUAAUUAUUAUAAAUAAUGAGCUGAUGUUCCUAGGAAAACAAAACGGAAAAAAAUAUUCUAUAAUCCUUGAAAUUUGUAAGCAGAAUAUGAUCCAGCUGUGAAUCAUUUUAAAUAUGCACUAAAAUUCCAUGGCUUAACUGUCUGUCAAGUAAAUGUAAUUUAAUGACACGGGUCAAUCAGUCUCAGGAUAUCUUUUGUAAAGGGUUUUUUCCACAAUGUUUUGUGGAGGUAAGUUUUUCUUCUUUUGGAUCUUUUGGUGUGUGAAAGGUUGUUUCUUAAAGGAACAUAGAAAUAGCUUUCUUGAAUUGUAUCUGUGGUAUAAUUUUUUUUUUAUUACAAAUUUCUUCCUAAAAGCUAGCAUUAUCUCUAGCAACAUUGAUCAGUGACUCAUAAUUUUAAAACAAAUCUGCCACUAACAUGUUUCUCUUGGUUUGAAGUGUCUGAACUAGAUCAUGACCUGUUCAUGGUUUGAUGUGUUUCGAAAAAUUCAUUAAAUCAAUCUCAGAAUAGUGUCUGCAGUUUUUUAAAACUGUAAUCUUCUCAGGAUUGGUGUUGCAUCUUCUGGUUGACUUCAAUUAACUUUGCAUUUAUGUUUUGUUUAUUAAUAUUUUAUUUAAUAGCAAGAAGUAAAUAUUUUUUUACUUUGUAUUACAUUGGUAAGGCUUAUUCUUGCCAGGUUGUUUGUUUAUUCUGAUUUCGUGAUGGAUCUCAGUACGCAGCCCAUUUCAGUUGCCCUUUACACUUGAGAGAGAUUAUAUUUUUUGCAAUACUUUAUACUGCAUAUGAUAUAUAUAUAUACUUCCCUUGCAUAGUUUAUCUGUGUACAUAGAAUUUGUUAAUUUCCUGGUAACAUUUCAUUGGAAGAAUUUUUUUUUUGUCUGUUGUAUUCCUUUAAAUAAUGCACUUGUUGAUGGAGUACGUUUUGUCCUGCAUAAUACAGUAGUUUGUCUAUAUUUUGAAAACUCCAAUUCCAAUGUAUAUACAUGUAUCAGUAUACAUUUCAGGUUAUAUACAAUUAUUUGAUGAGUACCAAUUAGCAUUUCUGUGUGCUCGUUGAUGAAGAAAUACAUUAUUAAAUAUAUAGUCAUGUCUAUGCUGUUACUCAGAUAAUUGCUGUUUCAGGUGCAGUCUUGUUACUUCUUUUACAUUUAAAAUAAAAGUGUUGACUCUCAUUGCCUAUAUUCUUUUUCAUUAAAAAAAUUACAAUUGUAAAUUUAGGAUUAUGUAAAUUUACUAAGGUAAGUCUUACAAGGGUCAGGCUACUGUUACAAAAACUUACAAAUGUAAUGAAUGGUCAUUAAAUUGAUGUUUUCCAUUUU